AUGGGAUCACCAGCCUCUGGUGGUGGUCAGUUGGAGAAGUCGAGCAAUAUGAAUGGAGAAAGCAAAUCGAGCCAUCCUGGGAAUAAUUUACAUAACGGGAUUGAUGGGGGAGGUGAUGAUGGUGUUGAUUCACCAUAUGGUGGGAGCAUGGCAUUAACUGAAGAGAGGCCUUCUGUGUCUGAUAUGAACCAGGAUGCUGUGGCUUCACCUUCUCCUUCAGUUUCUGUAUUCGGUAGCGAACGUAGGUGGGCUGACACCACAUCCUACAACACAAAAAAGAAGCUCCAAGCCUGGUUUCAACUUGCAAAUGGAGACUGGGAGUUGGGGAAGAUUAUAUCAACUUCAGGGAAUGAAUCGGUUAUUACAUCUGAUGGAAAAGUGCUAACGGUGAAAUCUGAUAGUCUUGUACCAGCAAAUCCUGAUAUUCUUGAUGGUGUUGAGGACCUGAUGCAGCUUAGUUAUUUAAAUGAGCCAUCAGUUCUAUACGAUCUUCAGUACAGAUACAAUCAAGACAUGAUAUAUACAAAAGCAGGACCAGUGUUGGUAGCGAUCAAUCCAUUUAAAAAAGUUCCAUUGUAUGGGAAUGAUUUCAUUGAGGCAUAUAGGAACAAGGCUACUGAAAACCCACAUGUGUAUGCCAUUGCAGACACAGCUAUCAGAGAAAUGAUACGAGACGAAGUAAAUCAAUCUAUCAUCAUAAGCGGUGAGAGUGGAGCAGGAAAAACUGAGACUGCCAAGAUAGCAAUGCAGUAUUUGGCUGCUCUUGGUGGUGGCAGUGGAAUAGAGUAUGAGAUACUGAAGACUAAUCCAAUUUUAGAAGCAUUUGGUAAUGCAAAGACUUUGAGGAAUGACAACUCAAGUCGCUUUGGAAAGCUGAUUGAGAUAAACUUUAGUGAAACUGGGAAAAUAUCGGGUGCCAGAAUUCAAACUUCUUUUGGAAACAUAUCACUGAAAAACGCUUCUUUGAUGCUGCUUUUGAUCUGUGGAUGUGGGGCAGUCUUACUUGAAAAGUCUAGAGUGGUCCAAUGCAUGGAAGGAGAAAGGUCAUAUCACAUAUUCUAUCAGCUUUGUGCUGGUGCUCCAUCAAAGCUUAGAGAUAAGUUACAUUUGAAGAGUGUGAAUGAUUAUAAGUAUCUGAGGCAGAGUGACUGCUGCUCAAUUGACGGGGUAGAUGAUGCUGUUAACUUUCACAUUGUCAAGGAAGCUCUGGAUAUUGUGCAUGUUAGUAUGGAAGAUCAAGAAAGUGUCUUUGCCAUGCUUGCUGCUGUACUGUGGCUGGGAAAUGUCUCAUUUACUGUCAUUGAUAGUGAGAAUCACGUUGAACCUGUGGCAGAUGAAUGUCUGGUGACUGUUGCAGAAUUAAUUGGUUGCAAAGUUGAGGAGCUAAAGCUGCCAUUGUCAACUCGAAAAAUGAGAGUUGGCAAUGAUACUAUUAUCCAAAAGCUGACUUUAUCACAGGCCAUGGAUACAAGAGAUGCUUUGGCAAAGUCUAUUUAUGCUUGUCUCUUUGAAUGGUUGGUUGAGCAAAUUAAUAAGUCUCUGGCUGUUGGGAAAAGGAGAACCGGAAGAUCUAUCAGCAUCUUGGAUAUCUACGGAUUUGAAUCGUUUGAAAGGAAUAGCUUUGAGCAAUUCUGCAUUAAUUAUGCAAAUGAGAGACUACAACAACACUUCAACCGACAUCUAUUCAAGUUAGAACAAGAGGAAUAUAUCCAAGAUGGCAUUGAUUGGACAAAGGUUGAUUUUGAAGACAAUCAGGACUGUCUCAAUCUUUUUGAAAAGAAACCGUUGGGGCUGCUAUCAUUGUUAGAUGAAGAAUCCACUUUCCCAAAUGGCACAGAUUUGACUUUUGCCAAUAAGCUUAAGCAGCAUCUGCAAUCUAAUUCUUGUUUCAGAGGAGACCGAGGCAAAGCUUUUACAGUGUCCCAUUAUGCUGGGGAGGUUACCUAUGAUACAACUGCAUUUCUGGAGAAGAAUAGGGACUUACUGCACAUGGACUCCAUUCAGCUUCUGUCUUCUUGCUCAUGCCACCUUCCCCAGAUAUUUGCAUCAAAUAUGCUAGCUCAGUCUGAAAAGUCUGUCGUUGGUCCUUUGCAUAAAGCUGGCGGAGCAGAUUCCCAAAAGCUGAGUGUAGCAACAAAAUUCAAGGGUCAACUCUUUCAAUUGAUGAAACGCCUUGAAAGUACGACACCACAUUUCAUACGCUGCAUAAAGCCAAACAACAAUCAAUCCCCUAGAUCAUACAACCAGGGGCUUGUAUUACAACAGCUGAGAUGCUGUGGAGUCCUAGAAGUUGUCAGAAUAUCCAGGUCUGGAUUUCCCACUAGAAUGACCCAUCAGAAGUUUGCCAGAAGGUACGGCUUCCUGCUACUGGAAAAUACCAUCUCGCAGGACCCACUCGGCGUUUCUGUGGCCAUUCUUCACCAGUUUGGUAUCUUACCUGAGAUGUAUCAAGUUGGCUAUACAAAGUUAUUCUUCCGGACAGGACAGAUUGGGAUGCUUGAAGAUACAAGAAACCGCACCCUGCAUGGCGUUUUACGUGUUCAAAGCUGCUUCAGGGGUCACCAAGCUCGCUGCUACCUGAGAGAGCUUAGGAGAGGAAUAUCCACUCUUCAGUCAUUUAUUCGAGGGGCAAAGAUCCGGAAGGAAUACUCGGUCCUACGAGAAAGACAUAGAGCUGCUGUUAUUAUCCAAAGGCAGGCGAAGAGCAUGAUUUGGAGGAAUAAGUAUAACAACAUCCAUCAAGCAUCAAUCUUGAUACAAUCUGUUAUUCGUGGGUGGUUGGUUAGACGUUGCUCGGGUGACGUUGGGCUAUUACUGUCCAGGGUCAAGGGGAAUGAGACAGAGGAAGUGCUGGUAAAAGCUUCAUUCCUAGCCGAACUACAACGACGAGUGCUCAAGGCAGAGGCUGGCCAGAGACAGAAAGAAGAAGAGAACGACAUCCUCCACCAGCGCAUACAACAAUACGAGAGCCGCUGGUCUGAAUACGAACUGAAAAUGAAGUCGAUGGAGGAAGUGUGGCAGAAGCAGAUGAGAUCACUGCAAUCAUCCCUCUCGAUCGCCAAAAAGAGUCUCGCCAUCGAUGAUUCCGAGAGGAACUCCGAUGCAUCGGUCAAUGCAAGCGAUGAGAGGGACUCCACUUGGGACAGUGGCAGCAACUACCGAAGCCAGGAGGGUGGUAAUGGGCUCAGACCCAUGAGCGCAGGGCUGAGCGUCAUAAGCAGGCUGGCCGAGGAGUUCGAGCAGAGGAGUCAGGUGUUUGGGGACGACGCUAAGUUCUUGGUUGAGGUGAAAUCAGGCCAGGUGGAAGCGAGCUUGAACCCUGACCGGGAGCUCCGGAGACUGAAGCAGAUGUUUGAGAGUUGGAAGAAGGACUACAGUUCGAGGUUGAGGGAGACGAAGGUGAUAUUGAAUAAGCUUGGGAGUGAAGAUACUAGUGGUGGGGCGCUUGAUAAAGCGAAGAAGAAAUGGUGGGGAAGAAGGAACAGCACUAGGCAUAUUUGA